CAAUGCCUUCCAUCCUCGCUCUUACCGGUCUGUUUGCGGUCGCCGCUGCACAGCAGAUUGGCAAGACUCCUGAAGUUCACCCAAUGCUGCCGACCCAACUCUGCACCACCCGCCAUGGAUGUGUAACUCAGCAAACUUCGGUCGUGCUUGACGCCCUGACCCACGCAAUCCAGGACAUCAAGACUGGCGCCUCCUGUGAGAACUCGACUGGUUUUCCAGAUCAGACUAUCUGCCCGAGUACCCAGGCUUGUGCCCAUAACUGCGCCAUUCAGGGCAUCAACAACUAUGCCCAGCAUGGCGUCACGGUCAGUGGCAAUUCCAUGACGCUCCACCAGUAUUUGAAUGUCAAUGGUGCUGAGACAAGCGUCUCUCCGCGUGUGUACUUGCUCGCUCCGGGAGGUCAGAACUACGACCUCCUGAAGCUCCUCAACCAGGAGUUUACCUUCACCGUGGAUGUCAGCAACCUUCCCUGUGGCAUGAACGGUGCUCUCUACCUCUCUGAGAUGUCCGCUACCGGUGGUCGGUCGUCCCUGAAUCCCGCCGGCGCGGCCUAUGGUACCGGAUACUGCGAUGCACAGUGCCCAAAGUCCGCUUGGAUCAACGGAGUGGCCAAUAUAAAUGACAAUGGCGCCUGCUGCAAUGAGAUGGACAUUUGGGAGGCCAAUGCCGUGUCCACGCAGUUCACGCCACACGCCUGCAACACAACUGGCUUGUAUGAGUGCUCUGGUGCCGCUUGCAGUAGCACUGGUGUCUGCGAUCAGAUUGGCUGCGGCUAUAAUUCGUACGCUUAUGGCAACAAGACCUUCUAUGGGUAUGGAGACGUUGUCAACACGAAGCAGCCCUUCACAGUGGUCACACAGUUCCACACAGAUGACAGCACCGCCAAGGGCACGCUCAGCAACAUCACCCGCCUCUACAUCCAGAACAAUAAGGUCAUCCAGAAUGCCGUUGUCCAGGUCGCCGGUAUGGCCGUCAACUCAGUCGAGGACUCCUUCUGCGAGGUCGUGGCUUCGUCCUUCCAGCAGCGUGGCGGUCUCGCGCAGAUGGGCAAGGCCAUUGGACGCGGUAUGGUUCUCGCCAUGUCCAUCUGGAACGACCCUGGCCAAUUCAUGAACUGGUUGGAUAGCGGCAAUGCUGGUCCAUGCAAUGCGACCGAGGGAAACCCGGCUCUCGUUACCUUCAGUAACAUCAAGAUCGGCGACAUUGGGUCGACUUACAGUACCGGGCAUCAU